AUGCAAGCAUUAAAUUAUUCUGUAAUUGAAGGCAUAGAUAAUGUAGAAUUCGAUGAAAAUGAAGAAAUGAAUCAAUUAAUUUCUAUCCAUGAACCUGAUAUGUAUCAAGCUAGCAUUCAUACUAGCAUUACACAAAAACAAAAAUAUGUGUAUGGUUUUGGUUUGAAGCACAAAGGAUGUCCAAAGAUGCAGAAAUCUUCUAAAAAUGUUCAAGAUCUCACUGCAAGAAAUUUAAAUGAAAGACAAAACUUAAAUGUUCAGCAAGAUAAAUCAAGCCAAAUGGUUGAAACAGAUACUGAAGAUGAAGAGUUUGAAGAAAGUUCAAGAGAACAAGAUAGUGAAAAUUAUACUUCAAAAUCAGAGACUCAUCAUUGUGGUAAUUGUUAUGGAACUAGACAUUAUGCCACUACAUGUAAAUUCCCUAAAGACCAUUUUAGGUAA